CUCACUCUCACUUCUCUGCCGCAUUGGCUAGGGUUUUGUGAUCUCUCUCGAUUGUCUCUCCAUUUUCUUACCUCUCAAACACCAAGCCUAGAUCUUUUCCUUUGUCAUUUAUAUUCACUUCCAUGGCUUUAAUCAUACACUAGGGUUCUCCUGGUUGCUAUUUCGUUUUCUUUUUUAAGUAAAAAAAGAAAGAAAAGCUAAGAGAUUUUCAAUAAUCCAAUUUUUUUUAACCAAUGGCAACCACGAACCCUUUCGAUCUCUUGGACGAUGAUACUGAAGACCCAAGUUUGGUUAUUGCCGCUGCUGAGCAGCAGAAGCUUGAAAAGCCCAAGAAAGCUCCUGCUUCCGCCCCAGCUCAAGCUCAGCCGGCUAAGCCUGCUAAGUUCCCUUCCAAGCCAUCUCCUCCUGCUCAAGCUGUGAGAGAGGCAAGGAAUGAUCCUGGACGAGGAGGUCGUGGUGCUGGACGUGGAGGAGGCCGGGGAUAUGGUGGAAGAGGGUUCAAUCGUGAUUCCAAUGUCAAUGAUAACUCCAAUGCAUUUUCAGGAGGGUACAGACCUUCUGAAGAGGGAGAAGAAAGGAAGCAAACUGAAAGGCGUGGAGGAUAUGGUGGGCCUCGAGGUUCUUUCCGUGGAGGACGACGUGGUGGUUUUAAUGAUGGAGAAUCUGGAGAGGGGGAGCGCCCUCGCAGGAUGUAUGAUCGCCGUAGUGGGACUGGACGUGGGAAUGAGUUCAAACGUGAUGGUUCUGGACGUGGUAAUUGGGGUAGUCCUACUGAUGGAAUUGCUCCGGAGACCGAAGAAAAUGUCCCUGAGAAUGAAAAGAAUGUUAGCAUUGAGAAGCAGUCUGGAGAGGAAGAUGCCAUGGAUGCUGGCAAGGAGAAUGCUGCAAAUGAAGCUGAGGAGAAAGAGCCUGAAAACAAGGAGAUGACUCUGGAAGAAUAUGAGAAGAUUGUUGAGGAGAAGAGGAAAGCUUUGCUUGCCCUUAAGACUGAAGAAAGGAAAGUUGAUACCAAAGAGUUUGAGUCCAUGCAACAACUUUCAAGUAAGAAGAGCAACGAUGACAUUUUUAUCAAACUGGGUUCUGAAAAGGACAAGCGCAAGGAUGCUGAUAAAGAAGAAAGAGUAAAAAAGUCUGUUAGCAUCAAUGAGUUUCUGAAGCCAGCUGAAGGGGAGAGGUACUACGGACCUGGGCGUGGUCGAGGCCGUGGCCGUGGUCCUAGAGGUGGAUAUGGAGGCAAUACAGCUAGCAGUGUGUUAGCUCCCUCAAUCGAAGAUCCUGGGCACUUCCCUUCAUUGGGUGGCAAGUGAGACCCCACCGCUGCAAUCUGCACAAUGGUUUUCAUUUUCAUGGGAAUGCGUUGUGAUCUAUUCAAUAGUCAGGAGUCUACAAGCUUUUCUGUUUUUGAGUGUAAAUUUUAGAUACUUUGCCCAUUUCCUGACAUGCAUGCAUGCAUACUUUGUCUUUCUUAUUAAUUUCUUUUGUUUUACUGUUUUUGGUUAAAAUUAGAACACAAGUUUCAUUAUUACAACCAAAAAGUAGCGGCAUCAGUUUUGUUUCGGUUUAGGUUAAGAUGGUUUAGAGGGUCGUGUCGGAGUUUGAGACAUGGCAUUCAUGUUAUCUUUUUAAACCUCUAUUUACUGACGAUUUCGAGUUUUCUCCUGGCUUCAA